CCGACAGCUGGCGGCUGCGUGGGCUCCGGCGGCGGCUCGCGAGCUCGCGGCUCGGCCUCCCCGCCCCGUCUCCUCCCCGCCCGCUUCCGUCCGGCUCCUCACCCUCCGUAUUGACAAACACCGCGGCCGCGGCUGUGACUCCGGGCAAGCGUUGGCAGCCGAGCCAUGGGAGACAAGAAGAGCCCCACCAGGCCGAAGCGGCAGCCGAAGCCGUCCUCGGAUGAGGGGUAUUGGGACUGCAGCGUCUGCACCUUCCGGAACAGCGCCGAGGCCUUCAAGUGCAUGAUGUGCGAUGUGCGGAAGGGCACCUCCACCCGAUCCACAUUCUUUGAAGUUAUUGAGAAUGCCUCGAGGACCAAGGAACCGUUGAAAUUUCCAAUGUCUGGAAGGAAACCUCGACCUGUCUCCCAGUUGGUUGCACAGCAGGUUACUCAGCAGUUUGUGCCCCCUACACAGUCAAAGAAAGAGAAAAAAGAUAAAGUAGAAAAAGAAAAAAGUGAAAAGGAAACAACUAGCAAAAAGAACAGUCAUAAGAAAACCAGGCCAAGAUUGAAAAAUGUGGAUCGGAGUAGUGCACAGCAUUUGGAAGUUACCGUUGGAGAUCUAACAGUCAUUAUUACAGACUUUAAGGAGAAAACAAAGUCACCACCUGCAUCUAGUGCUGCUUCUGCAGAUCAACACAGUCAGAGCAGCUCCAGCUCUGACAACACAGAGAGGGGAGUGUCCCGAUCAUCAUCCCCUAGAGGAGAAGCCUCAUCACUGAAUGGAGAAUCACAUUAAAGUUUAUUUUCCCAGUUUCUUAGUCACUUCUGUCCUACCAUGCAAAUACACAGAUUAUGCCAAGAAGUACCACAUUUUCAUGACAAACAUAAUUGUGCACAAUCCAUAAUUUGAGUUUUACAUAAAGUUAAAAUUUGUUAGAAUUUGUUGGGUUCUAUUGCGAUCUAUGCCUACAAAACAUUUCCAGACUUAACAUUUUGGUCUCUGUAGUUAGGUGUCAUGAAAAUGUGGUUGAAUUAUUCAUAUGCAGUGUUAUUGGUAAGUCUAUUUUCACUUUUAGUUUAGUGAAUUCUAACACAUAAUUCUUGAAUUCUCUAUUGGCAUGUAAUGAAUUUAAAUUUUUUAUAACAUACUGCAAGCUGCCUAAAUAUGUAUUAUUUGAGAAUUGUGAAACAAAUAGUUAUAUGUAUACAAGUCAGAGAUCAACUUAAUCAACUAUUGCUGCAACAGGAUUUCUUAAUGGUUAUCCUCUUAAAUACACCUGCUGGUACUUGGUGUGGUUAAAUAGGAAAGUUGUUAUUAAAGAAUUUGUAUGAACUUUUGCCAAUGUUUUUGACAUGUUUUACUAAAUUAUUGUUUGUGAGUUAUGUUGCUGGUUUUACCCAUUUUUGAAGGCUUUUUGUUUGCUUAUUUUUCAAAACAUUUAUUAUAUGUUUAUUAGAAGAUUAGUAGACAAAGCAUUGAUUAUUUAGCUUUAUGAUUCAGGUUUAGUGCUGUUGUCAUUGAACACUGGUUAUUUUCUGUAUUAUAUAAAAUAUUAAAAUUCAGAUAAUUACAAGCAUUUGGCAAAAAAACAAAACAAAAACAAAAACUUGCCGUAUUAUAAAAGCUGCGAUUUUGGAAAAGCUUUAAUUUAAUGAUAGUUUUAUCGCUGUUUUCUUGUCCCAAACUUAUCCAGGGGUCAGUUAAUACAGAAAUGGAAUUGUUGCAUAGAACUAAGAAAUAACUAAUCCUAAAUCAACUUAAUUGGCUUCAUGUUAAACACAGCAGUUCUCAUGAAAAUCAUAGUUCCCUAUUUUCAGACACAACUGCCAAUUUAUGCAUUUAUUAAUACUCUGAAAUAAAAACAUUUUACAGCCCCACUCACCAUUAUGUACAGAUACCAAUAAAAUAUUUUUAUGAUUAUAGAUUUUGAUUUUUGUUUACAACUAAUAAAAUAUUUUAUGUUGUAUUUAAAAAUUCCAACUUUGAAACCACACAAUACUUUUUAAAUUCUUCUGUGGUCUCCUGCUUUCUGUAACCAUUUGCUGAAUAUAUAUCCACCUAUAGAGACUUUUGAAAUGUAAAUUAACUUAAAAAUAUAACAUGAAUACAAGAAUACAAAAUAUCACAUAAAAGAUAUCAUGGUAACAUUUAAAGAAAAAAACUGUAGACCCUGACAGUUGUGAUAUUUAGUGGUUUCUCGUGGUAAUUGUAAUUUUGUUUAAUUUCAGUACUUUUUACAGAGAUAAUGGUACCGUCUUUUGUAAGAUGCUAGUUGUGAAAUACAGUUAAUUGCAUACAGUAAAAAUCUGUGAUUAAAACAUUCAUAUACCUCAUUCUUUAGUGUUGUUAAAUGAAAAAUGAACAUUUGUGUUUAAGAUACUUUCAAUGAAAUCCAACUAACUGGUUAUGUUCUUCUAAAACAGGAUAUUUUGUGUUAUCCUUAGUUUUUCACAUUUCAAAUUUUUAUAUAUUCAUUUUUGGGGAUAGUAUAAAUUAAAAAUUACUGAAAUAGAAAAAUACUCUAGUACUUAAGUCAAAGCUUAUGAUGAUCAGAUACUUUCAAGAUUUAUUUUAAAGGAACUACAGUGAGAAAAAUCUUGACACAAGAUGGAACUUUACCUGAAUAGGACAUGCUUACUAUUCUAUUUAGAUGGAAGACAGCAUGGCAAUUAACCCAAUUAUUGCAUAGAGUGAAGUUUUUUUGAUUUUUGCAUGAAGUUCUUAUGUAACCUAGAAAAACUCAAGGAACAGGAAUUCAAAGUGAAAAAUUUUUAUUAUGUUCGUAGAGGAGUUCCAAAAAUGGAACACUCACUAGGCAUUGAAGGGUUAAGAGUGCUAGCUGACAUCUAGUGUUCAAGUCCCUGUGUUAGUAUUCAAAUAAGCUGGAGUAAAUUACUCCAUUCUAUAAAAUCAGUGAUGAUUAUAUCUAACUCAAAGGGUUGUUGGGAAGAUUAAAUGUCAGAUAAGAUUCUUAACUGUCUGACAAAUACCAGAUGCUCAGUAAAUAUAAACCUUUUUAUGGUCUGGUAUGUAGGCCCAUGGUGGAGUGCUUCCCUGGCAUGUGUGAGGCCCUAGGUUUGAGCCUCAGCACAGAUGAAAGGGUAAGUUUAGGUAAAACUUUAGGUAAAACCCUAUAUAAAAAUACAAAAAUAAUUUUUGUAAUGAAAUCAUCUCCACACCUCCUGGAUAGCCUAAAGGAAUAGUGUUACAAAAGCUACUGUGAAUUUUCACUGUAACAUCAGGUGUUUGCCAUGGUCCUAGAAAUACCAUCCUUCUACCAUUAGCACAAAUAUACACUAUGAGAUUGAAGAAAUGAACUAGGUUGCCUAGCUUGAAAUUUUAUUUUCCUUUCAUUAAUCACAGUUAUUUUCACCUGCCUUCAUUUUACUCUACCUCAAAUAUAUUUCCACACCAAGAAAGCAUGCAGAUACCAUCAGUAAUUUAUACCUACUGUUGAAGUAUGCAAAAAGAUUCAGAGCCUGGGGUUAGGGUGCAUUUAGGGGUAUAUUUUAGCUCUGUAUUGUGCUGUAAAUUUACAGUGUGGCUUUAGCUUUGAGUUCUUUGGAUUAAAUUUUAUACAAAAGCAAUUUGGAUGUUUUUUAGAGUUUAUUAUCUUACUUUGAUAUAAGUAAGUGAAGGUAUACUUUUGAGGAAAGCAAGAAUAGAUAUUUCCUCUGCCCCUAGUGCUGGGGAUCAAACUUAGGGCUUUUACUGAGCUACAUUCCCAGCCUCUUUUUUUUGUUUUGAGAGGGAGUCUCACUGAUUUGCUCAGAUGGACUCAAACUUGUGAUCCUCCUGUUUCAGGCUCUCAGAGUGCUGAGACUACAGCUAUGCACCACUGCAUCGAGCUGAAAAGCAUACUCUUAAAAGUAUUUGUAUUGCACAGUAGAAAUAGUUGACUUAAUAGGUUAAAAGAUUUUUAUUUUUAAAUGCUUCUUAAAAUCAUAGUGGUAAUAAGGUGAAAAUAUUUUUAAAAGGAAGGAAAACAUCAGCCUAAGUUGAAUCUUUAUUAACUUUUAGUUAACAGAUCCAUAGCCAGGCAUGGUGGCACAUGCCUUAAUCCCAGACUUGGGAGACUGAGACAGGAGGAUUCUCAUGAGUUCAAGGCCAGCCUGGACUACAUAGUGAAUUUAAGGCCAGCUUGAACUAUGCAGUGACACCCUAUCUUGCGGAGAGAGAAUACCCCUGUUGGCUAAAAGAAUGUAGUUUUAACAUACUAUAUGUUUUAAUGGUAAGUGGUCUGGAAACUAAUUUCCACUGAGGCCCUUAUUUUACUUUCUUGAUCUGCAAAUUUUCUCUUCCAGAAUUUUUGAAGGAUCUGAUGUAGGAACUGUUUAAGCUAUUGAUACUUCUGCAGUGUACUUUUUGAAAAUUAAGAAAGAACAGAAGAAUGUAUCUGUAAGGAGAGGAUGACAGUAAAAUAGUGAUUUGAGUUUUUAGCAUUUACCCCUCUCAUAAGACACCUUCAGUUUCCUGAAAUAAAGAAGUUACAAAAAUUGAAGGGCAGAAAGAUCAUCAGUGACAAAAAAGCUGAGUGAACUCAACAGUAAAGAUUAUAAGACACAGGAUGGGAUUGAUUGUAUUUUGAAAGUUGCAUGAAAGGAAUGUCUUUCUUGGAUAUUGAGAACGAUGAACAGUAAGACCCACUAGUAUCAAAGGCAAGGAAAGAUAGAAAAGAAAGAAAGUGAAGGAAGAGAGAAGGGGGAAAGAAAGAGAUAGGCACAGAGCACUGGUGUGCAAUUGGCGUAAUGGAGAAUCACUAGGGAGGGACACAACUUACAACAUGGCAGUUGGAGAACAUACCCUGUAAAGAUACAGUGGGACAAAUCACCUUAAAGACUUGGGCAUUAGAGUUUAAUGUAUUUAAUGGACUGUUUACUAAAGCAGCAAUAUGUGUAGUACUUCAGAAUGAUUUUCACAAGAACCAGUUUAAGAACCUUACAGAUUUUCCUUAAAUUAUACAGCUUGACUCCAUAAUUCUGGUUAUAAACUGAGUUGGAUGGGAACCAAAUCAAAUUCAGUGGUUAGGCUCAGUGUUUACGUUAUGAGGAAAUUUGGCAUGGUUCUCAUCCAGUUGAGCUUGCAACCAGAAUCAUGGAGGGACUUGAGUUGGUAAGCUGAGGUACCAGUGUACCAACUCCACUAGCCCACAUCAUUUCAGUGUUAAAUUUUAAUGCAUUAGACUUUGUGAUUAGCCAGUGCAGAGGAAUGGGGGAAAUUCUGAAGCAGAUGAAAUACUACAAUAAAACCAGAUACUUCAGUAGAAGAAGUUAAUCAGAGACCUCUGAAAGUUUCAGUUCUCUGGGACAGGUUUUACAUUCUAAACCUUUUUCCCCCGUAAGUGGGAGAUAUAGACUAGCUUACUAUUAUAAUAUUUUCAGUAUUUCUCUAAUCUAGGCUUUCUUUGCAUCAGUAUUAUUUAAUUCAGUGAACAUUUAUUGAUUAAGUUUUGGGCGCUGGGCAUUUUACUACGGGGUUGGAAAGACAAAGAUGUGAAAAAUCAUACCUUACAGAUCUAUAAAUAAUUAUAGUGCCAUCACUGCAACAAUAAAAAUAUGCAGAAGAUACAAAAUAGCAAAGGAGAGAGUGCUUGCUACUUUUUUACCCUAGAAAAUUUUACCUAUCCCUAAAUAUCCACUGUAAGUCCACACUGAAAAUGUUAGGGCCUUAUUAGAUGUUUGCAGUUGGUAAUGUAUAACCAGCAGCUGUCUUAAUACUCCAGCUUGAAUUUCCAGAGUUGAAGAUUUUAAGCUGUGUAAUUUGAUGUAACUCAUGAUUUUCCUGUGGUUUUUAAAGUCAAGAAACAGCUGGGCUUGGUGAUGUACACUUGUAAUUGCUUUUAUUCGGAAAGCUGAGGCAAGAGGAUCUCAAGUUUGAGGUCAUUCUAGGCAAUUUAACAACUCUCUCCAAAGUAAAAUUUAAGAAAGGUUGGGGAGGUAGGUCAGUAGUCAAGAGCUUGUAUAUCAUGCAUGAGGCCCUGAGUUAAUAGUGCAAAAUACCCAAAACCAAAACAAGCCAAAAAAAUUUGCCCUUAUAGACAAUGCGGAUCAUUCAUUUAUUGUCCUUAAUUUUUGUAUUUGCAAGAAAUUUCAGAUUAAUAUUGGGCUCAAUUUUAAUUUAUGUAGGGCUCAAUAGCCUGUAUGUAUUCCAAAAUUUAAAAAAUUUAUUUGUUUAUUUUGGUUUUUUGAGACAGGGUCUCACAUGUAGCCCAGGCUGGCUUCCAGCCUGCAGCAAUCUUGCUGUGUUGGCCUCUAGAGUGGUGGGAUUACAGGUAUGUGCUCCCAUGCCUGAUUAAAUUUUCUUGGCUUUCUAUAAUUUUCCAAAUUUUGACGUUUUCUUUUGUUCUUAAAAAUUGCCUCAACUAUUAAGUGUAAAUAAGGCUAAAUAUUAAUAACUACUUACAAUGCCUUUAUUUCAACUUGUGCCAAGCUCCAAAGGGAAAUGGGGGGGGGUGUCCAGUGAAUUUACAUGUCGCAGCAGGAAUUCCUGAGGCAUGGAAGUGAUGUGCAUGGGUCCUGUGGGUUCUAAGGUUGUGUCUGCUUCCCUGCCUGGAAGAAAGGAAUAUGGAUGAAAGGUACCACCUUACCGCGAUUUUGUGAACUCUUUUAGCAAGAAAAUUUAAAAACCAAACUAGGAACCAUGAUGAAUUAGACUUCUUCAUGUCUGUUACUUUCAUUAUACUCUUUUAAUAAUAACAGCAACAAUGAAGUGGUCCUGUGUCUACUUCUGGAGUUAGCAGGAGUUGGAAGACUACAGUUAGCUUGGGAGAUGACAAUUAAUGAACCAAAAAAAGAAUUUUUUUUAAACAUGUUUUUAAAAAAGGAAAUAGACUGAGUUCCUUAGACCCAAGAGGUAGUUUUGGUUUUUAAAAGAAAAUAACUAUUUUUUUUUUUGUCUUUUUCCUUUUUAUCGGUACCAGGGAUCAAACCCACGACUGCCUGCUUGCACGGCAGGCGCUUCUGCCGCUGAGCUAAAUCCCUAGACCCAACAACUAUGUUUUUAGCACAGAAGAAGAUAAAAGUUUAAGGGACAAUUAGGAAGAGUAAAAAAUAAUUUUUUACUUUAUUAAAGCACAGAAAUGUAAAAUUAAGCCCCAUAGAAUGCCUCUUUCUGUGUAGAAAGGAGUGUGAAAUGUCAGUAGGAAUUAUGAAUUCACUUUUCAGCUAAGCUUCAAAAGUGUGAUUAUUCUCAGCCUGCAAUUUUAAGAAACCUGGGAUAAGUUAGCCUGUUUAAUUGGUUCUUAAUAUUGUAAUUAGGAGGUUUGAUUGAUGACAGAUUUUGGAGGAUUUGUGUAUGGGUGUUUUAGUUUAAAAAAAUCACGGGGAGGGGUGUAGCUCAGAGGGAGACUGCUUGCCUAGUGUGUGCAAGACUCUGGCUUUGACCCCCAGCUGGGGCAGGAAAGGAUGACAGUCCUUUUAGUGGCCAUGGAAGGCUCCUGAGCACUGCACCAGAACGAAAUGCGAGAUGGUCAUAGAAUACUACUUGUUCCUUCCUGCCCUGCUGGCUCCUGUCUCCUUUCUGUGUACCUGGAAAUGCCAGCUUUGUCUUCAGCUCACAGAGUAACAGACAUGUCCCAUCUCAUUGAUGGUUCACUCCCUCUCUUUCUAGACUUUUUUUCUCUCCUCCUACCCCUGACCCUACUCUCCCUCCCCACCAAAUUUACUGGUCUGAAGGAACAUUUAAAAUGAAAUCCUUUUUUCCCCUUUGUUCCUCCUGCCUCAGCCUCCCAAGUACUGGGAUUACAGGAGUGUGCCACCAUGCCUGGUUGAAAUACAUUUUUAAAAAACUAACACCAUUACUUUCCAGUUCUUCCUCAAGUCCAAAAAUGGACACAUAUCCUUCUAUAAACCAGUGAGAGGUGAGAAUAAAUUUGCUUUAACUUGAGUUUCUGGUGCCUUGUGUUUUGCAACUAAUCUUACUCUUACUUCUUUGUGAGUUUAAUUCCCAGGACCAGUCUAUGAGAUUUUCACAUAUUACUUGGUUCCUUUCUACUUUUACUUAGUAGAAUCAUUGAAUGUAGUACUUACUAGUUCAUAGUGUGCGAUAAGAUGAUACAAUGGACAAAACAACAUGCAUUUUGGAUCUUCAAAGAUUUCUACUUGAAUUAUGGAUCUUCAUUAUUAACCAUGUGGUGAAGGAACUUCUCUGAAUUUCAGGCUGUAUUUAAUAAGCGAAACAUAACAUUUCUUCUUAGAAAUGUUGACAGACUAAAUUUUACAAUGUGGAAGUUAGGAAUUUUGCCCUAAAAGAUGUAGAAUUUAAUGUUUUUCCUAAAGGAUAUCUUUUUAAAGAAUCAAGAAGUCAUAGAAAUGGAAAGGGUGUGCUCGGCAAGAUCUUAAACCUACUGUAGAGUGAUUUAAGUUUGUUUGAUUUUGUUUUUGACACGAGGUCUCGCUAUGCAGUUUAGGCUGGCCUUAAAUUUACUGUGUAGCCCAGGCUAGCCUUGGAACUUGCAGUUAUCCUCCUGCCUGGGCCUCCAAAGGUGCCUGGCUCUGUAGAGUGAUUUAGAGAUAUUAAAAAAAGAAGUCAGAGGACAAUUUCCAGAAGUUGAAUGCCCAUCAUGUAAUAGUAGCAACCAAAAAACUAAAUAAAAGCAAGGCUAGUCUUUCAAAUGUAAGUCUUCGAAUUUCCAUCUUAAACCAGAAAUUUUUCUCAAUUAUGUAGAUCUCUAUCUCCUGUUUUAAACAACAAAUAUUGCUUUUUUUUUUUUUUUUCCUGUCUUUUUGAGACAAUUGGGCUGCAAUUUAGGCUGGCCUUGGGCUCACUUUGUAGCCCAGGCUGGUUUGUUUUGUUUUGUUUUUGUACCAGAGAUUGAACUCAUGAUCUCAUGUUUGCUAGGCAGGGCUUAAGCCACUCCAGCCCCCAGACUGGUUUUGAAUUUGCAACAGUCCUUCUGCCUCAACCUGGAGAAUACUGGGAUUAUCGGAGUGUGCCACCACACCCACUAAAUAUUGCUAUUUUAAGUAACAAGUAUUGUUACUUUAAAUUUGCUUUACUUCCUUUAAAUUUAUCCUUUUGAUAACAUGAAUUAAAUUGAUAACGAAUUAAAAAUUUGUACUGCACCAGUUUAUCAAAGAAUUAGACUCUUAGAAAUGAAAAAUACAUUUAGUACACGUAUGCACACAAUGAAUGAAAUUCCUAUUGUGACAUCAAAAUAUUUUUAGUAAUUUUCAGUAACUUUAUAGGAAUAUAAAAGUACAGUAUGAGAAUGAUGGAAUGAUUAGAAGGGAUGCCAGCAUGCACACAGCUCAUGCUUCAGGAUAACCAAUUAAGACAGUGUCUGGGGAAUGUAAUAAUCACUUCUAUUUUUAGAAUGCCUUAGGACUUCUUAAGAAUGUUUUUUUGUGAUUACAAGAUUAAAGGUAUGAUAUGGUCCAGAAUCCUGGUAUCAAGUAAAUGCUCUUCCAGAUACACUUCUUCAAUAAAUUGUUGCAGAAAUGAAAAAUUCUUGGCCUCCCUUUGUGCCAAUCUAAUAUUUUAACAUUCUAUAGGUCAAGGAGUUACUUUACUUCAAGUAGUUACUUUGUUUAAAGAGUUACAGUUAGUAUCUUUUAAAUUAAACAUUCUUUGAGUACUAGGUUUUACUGUACUUUCUUGAUGCCAUGUCCUUUAACUUCCUCUCCAAAGCUAUUUUUCUUUCUUAUCAAUGCUUUUAUAUCAUUCUUUGUACUUUGUUAAGUUUACCUUCAUUUCUCUAAGAAUUGUAAGGUGUAGUAGAAAAAUUUAUUUAUUAUUCUUUCUGUUGUUACUGUCCUGUCUCUCCUGGAAGGCAGUACAGUUCUUUAUUUCUGAAUACUGUGCAUCAGAGCCCCUUGUCUGGCAUGUAGAAAAUAUUCAAUAAAUGUUUACUGAAUGAAUAAA